GCCUGCUCUUUAAGCAGUUUGGUAGCGCGGGGCUGAUCGACGUGUUGUAUGCUUUCCAUCGCUUGUUUGGCUAUUAAUUUUUUUGAAAGCAACAGCAAUCUUGCACAAAUUAGACCGGAGAUUUGAGCCACGAUAAUACACAACAGCAUUUUGUUUUGUGAUAUGCGAUAGAAUGCAAAAUCUGUAUGUGUGUAACGCAGAUCUUCUCUUCAAACAAUGAGGAGUACAAGAUGGGAAAUUCAUAUGCUGGGCAACUGAAGACAACCCGUUUUGAAGAAGUUCUGCACAAUUCUAUUGAAGCCUCCCUCCGUUCAAACAGCUUGAUCCCGAGGCCUGUGUUUUCCCAGUUAUAUCUCGAGGCUGAGCAUCAAUUAAUCUCAAAUUUUGAAGUUAGUAAUGCAGCUUGCAAAAAACCAAGCAACGAAGAGGAGGAAGAGGAGGAAGAUGAUGGCUCAGAGUCCAGCAGUCCCCUCGUGCAUUAUCAAAUGAAGGCUGUCCCAGAAGGAUGUUGUACCACUGAUGGCUUCUGUCAGGCAGGAAAGGACUUGCGACUUGUUUCUAUGUCAAAGGAGCAGAUGGAGUUGCCAUCGGGAUUCUUGCUUGUCGGUGCUAAGUCUCCGAACCUUCCAGAGCACCUUUUAGUCUGUGCUGUGGAUAAGCGAUUUUUACCAGAUGACAAUGGUCGAAAUGCUCUAUUGGGAUUCUCUGGAAAUUGCAUUGGCUGUGGUGAGAAGGGAUUUCGGUACUUUACGGAGUUUUCCAAUCAUAUCAACUUGAAGUUAAUCACGCAACCCAAGAAACAAAAGCACCUGAAGUGCUAUCUGAUUAAGAAUGCACAGGGCAGUCUGAUGAAAGGGCCCUUAAUCUGCUGGAAGGGCACAGAGGGCAGAAUGCAACAAUCAGGCUCGAGUUCCACCUCUAGUGUUCCCUCACAACCUCCUGAGAGCCCAGCCUCAUCGACUACUGUGUCAUCAGCAGAAAGCAUUUCCGGUUCCAAUCAGAGUACGUCAACUGGAUUUCAGCAAGCAGGUUCACCAGCAGAUCCGGCUCUUGCUCGAGCAGGGGUUUCUGUAACUCAUAACAACAGAGAAUUAUCCAGACACAAAAAUGCAAUGAAGGUCAAUGAUGUGGCCACGCAGAAUACAUCAAGGCCUUCAGUGAUAGGCAAUUUAGCUAAUUCAGGUCCUCCUAAGAAGCGCCACAGGGGUUGGUCACCAGAUUCCCCAUCAGCAACAGAGACGAGUUCCAAUCAAAGCAAUCUACCGGCACAGAAUUCGAGCAGCAAAACUGAACUUGCGGAAUUGACUUGUGGGACUCAGUCUAGCCACUUAGGAUCAAAUCCUUCUCCACUUACAGUCUCAGAAGACCCCGUGAUUGUUCCUGACAAUUUACUAAAAAUCUGUGGGACCCGACUGGUAAUUUUUAAAGGCCAUGGAAGCUUUCCUUACCUUUGUGGUAAUCUGAGUGAUGUAGUGGUUAGUCCAUUGCUACAGAAUUGCUAUGGAAACACCCAGUCUUUACCCAGAGUAUAUGAGCAGCAUUGUACAUCUGUGACCACAGUAGUGUCUGUAGAGAUGCAGAUUUUACUAACAGUGUACUAUCUAGUUCAACUUGAACCUGAUCAGGUGCCUUUGAUUGAGGAUUUGGAACACAUUUUGGUGAGAGCAUGGCAGGAAUCGAAUCUUACCGAAACCAAACAUUACCAGCAAGCUGUUUCUCAGUCAGUACCACCGUGCGUGUCGUCACAGGCUUUGGCUGUCACCUCAAAGCAGCUCACCUGGUUGGCCAAAUUAGCAGCCAGUUCCUGCAAGAAUGUUGUCAAGAUCGUUGAUUGGACAAAUUCAUUGGCGGAGGGCCUCACAGAAACAUUCAAACUUCUCAGUGAGGGGAAAUUGCAAGGAAAUAAUUUUGUCGUAAUCAUUUGCACCACGAAAAACCAAAGCACUGAGUCAUGUGUGGUGGUAACAGGAAAACGUCAGGCUGGAUUUUUGGCCGGCAGAAUGCUCGGUCCAAAAGAACAUCUGAAAGAAAUUAACUAUGAGCUUGUCACUGGGAAAAUUGGGGAACUUGGAACUUUCUUCAGCAGCCUUUGUCCAGAUGGUGACCUCGACACACUCUUAGAAAAGUGCAGUCUUAUCGGAAAUGGUCACGGUGCUGGUUUUGGUGUUUCAUUGAAUAAAUUUGAUGCAUCGGCUCAAAGACCAACAAUUUGUUCAGUUUCAAACAAAGAAACGUGUCAGAUUCAUCCCAUUCAGCUUGCUGUGGCUCGAAAGCUGUUAUCCCAUGUCUGCGCUAUUGCUGAUUCCAGCACACAAAAUCUGGAUCUGGGCUCUUUCGAAAAUGUAGACUUCCUUAUUUUGGUGCCUCCGUCAGAAGUGGCUUACCAGCAGACAGUGCUGCGUGUCAGGCAGUCAGGGAUACUGGUGGAACUUGGAUUGGAGGCAGAAUCUGUUGCAAGUCAAAGUGCGGAACAUUAUGUCAUGAAACUUACUGCAGAAGAUCAGAGCAAGUUUGAAGCUUUUCAGCAAAGAGUAUUAAACAGCCCUUACACACUGUUUAUACUGAUCCAUGACCACGCGCACUGGGAUUUGACAAGUGGAGGAGCAGUUCCACGAAGUGAACCAUUCCUGGGCGUAGCAGACAGAAUCAUAAACAGCAAUGAAAUGAAAGAAGCACUGAACGUCUUAACACUCCAAGUUACGUCUUUCCCCUUUGCUUUCCAAACACAGCAGACCUACAUCAGCCCCUAUAAUGAGAUCCAUUGGCCUUCAUCCUGGAACAAUGGAGUGGACUUGUAUCAGGAAGACAACAAAUACUUUGGGCUUUCAGACUUGAUUGAUUCCACAUACUCUGGUCACAGGCUUCCAUUGUUGAGAUAUGACAGUUCAUUUGAGGCAAUGGUUACUGCAGUACAAGAAAGGUUUCCCACUGUGCACAGUGCAGUGAUAUGGACAUACAUUUUAAUUCAGCAUUACUCUGCGGCCAUGAUGGUAACUGCAGGGCACUCACAGAUGAAGAACUAUUCUUCUGUGGAAACAUUAGAGAUAAUUCAAAGCCUUAUUAACUCUCCAAGGAGCUGCCCAGGUCGUCAUGGUUACAUGGUUUUACUCAGGAUUCCUUCGGUUUCUCUGGCUGCACUCGCUUAUGAACGAUUAUGCCAAGUUAGGUGCCGUCUUAGCCUGCAGUGUAGAUUUGAAAUCAUUCUUGGAACACCAAAUGCAAAGAUCACUAUUGACCAGCACUUUGUGAAACAACUGAAGGGCUGGCACAGGAUAGAAGAUCCUGAUUGGGCACCUCAAACCUACUUGGAUCUCGAAGACCUACCAUGCAUACUUAUCCUGUCUGGCACCGAUCAUUAUGGAGAAUCAUUUCCAAGAUCUGCAAAAUACUAUGACUUGCGUUUAAUAAAUUCAACUUGUCUUUUGCGAACUGCUCUGGAACAAGAACUGGGUCUGGCUGCUUGUUAUAUAGUGCCUGAUGCCUUUGGGCAAACAGGUACAAUGAAUGAUCUCCCUGAGAGUGACCUAGACAAGCCAGGCAGCACUAAUGAUGAUGAAGAGAGUGUUGCAAAUGAAGCGCCAACAGUUGGAGACUCGAUUAAAAAAAAUGGCAUUAAGCGACAACGUUCCUAUCCUAAUCACUCGGCUUCAUCCAAAUCACCGAAAGCUUCAAGUAGGAAAAGCAUGAUCGGCGACAAUGAUCCUUUCUCAGUCUCUGGAGCUGAAGACUCUGCAAAAAAUCCAUUGAAUGUUGAAUCAGUUAAUGUUGAGGACAGUACUCUAGUCAGAGAGAUGUCAAAGCCAAGAGCAGACAACGCUGGAAAGAUGCCUAUCCAUGAGACUAAACAUUUGGAAAAACAUAGAAUUAGUUUAGAUCAAAUUAACACCAACAACAAAAGUGCAAGGAGAACUUCAAAGACUAUUUCUUCAGACUCUUCCUUUACUCGGACUCCAAUUAUAGGGCAGAUGUCAUCGCAGUGCCCAAAGACAAAAGGAGCAAGUCAGCCACCAACUGUGUUUCUCCCAAAAUUGGUCCAUGAGAUAGUUACUAAAGUGGAUAGUGCGGGAGUGGCCAAAUUAUCAUCUUUCCUUCCUCACCAUUCUGUUCAGUGGGUUACCUCCUUUCAUCCUUCGUUGGCUAAGAUGAUGACUUCCACCGAACAAUCCCUGUACUAUCGCCAGUGGACAAUAGCUAAGCAAAAUCAUAUGGAUUUGAACAAGACGCAGACUAGAACUGAGGUCUUUCAUCCCCGCAGACUUCUUUUGAGUGGUCCACCACAGGUGGGGAAGACGGGAGCUUAUUUGCAAUUCCUUAAUAUUUUGUCGAGGAUGUUGAUUCGACUGAUGGAAGUAGAUGUUUAUGAUGAAGCAGAAAUUAAUCUCAAACCCAAAGAGCAUUCUGCAUCACAACAGAAAGAAAGCUUAUUGUGGCCUGAUUUGGAAACUUUCAGCAAAUUGGCCUUCGACUACACUGUCCAUGAUCCAAAGUAUGAAGAUGCUAGUCCCGUUUAUUCAAGAGACCUUGCCAACAAUAAAGGGUAUUUAACCAAUAAGAAAGACGAUGAUGUCUACCUGCGGCGCCACACAACACGUCUAAGAUUAUCCAAAUAUGCUGCCUACAAUACAUAUCAUCACUGUGAGCAGUGUCAUGAAUACAUGGGUUUCAAUCCCAGAUGCCAGCCAUACGACUCCACACUCCAUGCCUUCUGCUUUUCCUGUUCAAUGCUGGGAGAGGAAGUCCAACUCCACUUCAUUAUUCCCAAAUCAAAAGAACAUAAUUUUAUGUUCAGCCAACCCGGAGGGCAGCUGGAGAGUAUGAGGUUGCCACUCGUUACUGACAAGAAUUCAGACUGCAUAAAGAGUCCAAUCUUUACACCAACAACAGGACGUCAUGAACAUGGUCUCUUCAAUCUGUAUCACGCUAUGGAUGGUGCUAACCAUUUGCAUGUGCUGGUUAUCAAGGAAUACGAGAUGUCAGUCUACAAGAAAUAUUGGCCAAACCACAUCAUGCUAGUCCUACCCAGCAUCUUCAAUAACUCUGGAGUUGGUGCAGCUCACUUUUUGAUUAAAGAGCUCUCCUACCAUAAUUUGGAACUGGAACGUAAUCGUCAAGAGGAGCUUGGAACUAAACCUCAAGAUGUGUGGCCAUUCAUUAUCAUUGCCGAUGACUCGUGUGUGAUGUGGCACAGCCUCAAUACUGAAAUCCCAAAGAACUCUUCCAGUGUAUCUGCUGAACCGAAAGUUGUAGAGCGAAAUGUUUCUUUGAAGCACGUCCUCCAGCACAUUGAAGUGACUACUCAGAUCCCACGCUAUGCCCUUUGUGGUUUCCGGAAGUGGUCCAGUAAAGUAAGCAGUCCAUACCUUACGGAGCCUUUCUCUCGCUGUCAUCUACAUGACUUUUUGAUGCUGAAUGUGGAUUUGACUCAAAAUGUCCAGUACAAUCAGAACCGAUUUACCUGUGAUGAUGUGGAUUUCAACCUCCGAGUUCACAGUGCCGGUCUUCUUAUCUGUCGUUUUAAUCGCUUCAGUGUUAUGAAGAAACAAAUUGCCAUUGGCGGACACAGAACAUUUCUCAUCAAGUCAAAGAUUCCUGAUGUACCUAUGUCCAUAUCUCCAUCUCAGUACAUCUGUGCUCCAGACAGCAAACAUACAUUUUUAGCUGCACCAGCCCAGUUACUGCUCGAAAGAUAUCUGCAACAAACCAGCAACAACCUUUUCCCGUUGUCUAUGCAGAACUACAGUCAUCCAGUGCUGUCAAUAGAUUGUUAUCUUAACCUGGGACACGAGAUUACAGUUUGCUUUGUGAGCUCCCGUCCUCAUUCUUUAAAUAUCAACUGUUCCGGCCUUGCUUUCAGUGGCCUCCUCCUGUAUCUCUGUGACUCAUUUGUCACAGCGAAUAUUUUGAAGAAAUUCAAUUUUCUGAAAGGUGCCACACUCUGUGUCAUUUGUCAAGAUCGUAGUUCUCUUCGGCAGACUGUUGUAAGACUGGAGCUGGAGGAUGAGUGGCAGUUCAGGUUAAGAGAUGAAUUCCAGACUGCUAACUCGCAAGAGGAUAAGCCACUCUUUUUUCUGACUGGACGACAUAUCUGAGGAAUGAAAAUUCCCCGGUAAAACAUACACUACAAAAAUAAGCACUCCAGAAAUAACACAAUUUUGUUUUGAGCUAUGAACAUAUUUCAAUGUCUAAACCAGUGGGUUUUUUUUAAAGAAACUAAGUAGAAUGGUACCAAAUCAAAUGUAAAUACAUCAAGAAAAUUCCUGUAGCCAUUCAUCUAUCUUAUGCACUGCCUUAAACUUUUUUUUUAAGAGAAUUUUUGAAAUGUCUUUACUUGCCUGAAUUUGAGACAGAUGGUUAACUUCAAUAUUUGAUAUACCUUAGACUAAAUGAUUUUACAUUGCAUCUGGUUUAAAACGUCAAGGCUUGAAUCUCAGCUCUGCUGUUCGAAAGGAAAUCAGGAAGUGGGCCCUCCUGGCCAGUUACUGUGGUAGUUUGUGGCAAAUCUGCACUUUAGGACCACUGAACUGUGAGAAGAAAAAUGAGUCACUGAACUCUCAAGUAACACCUCAAGCACUAUCAAUCCUGAUGGAUAUGGCAUAGAGUCGUACUUAGACUAAGAAUCAUUCCUUCCAAUAAUUUCAUUGCAAUGGUGUUGUUCAGUUUUAAUUUAGAGAUGCAGUGUGGAAACAGGCCCUUUGGACAAACCAAGUCUGCGCCGACCAGCGAUCACCAGCACUAUCCUACAC